GCACUUGUUUAGCUCAGUGUGUGGAACACAUUUCAUAAUAUCAUUAGUGGUGAGGAUCUCAGUGAACUGUCAUAGUCAUGGAGUAUGAAUUCAGCGUAAACGCUUUACUUGAAGAUGUCAUUACCAGACUUGACAGUCGUGUACUUCCACGGGGUUCUCAAAUCAACAAUGACAGAAUCCGAGAACACAGAAAGCAGCUUCUCCAUGUCAUCGACAACAUGGGCGAGGCCUCAGCUAAGGCUCAAGGCCUGUAUGGAGCCAUAACAGGAGGGCGUAAACUGGAGCUGUCUGAUCACAUCCUCUAUCUCAUGAAAGAUCCAGGAGCCAACAAUGGCCGAGGGGCAAUAGUUGGACUACUGAAGACGGGACACAAGAAACUGUUUGUGUACGAUAACUUUGGGGUGCAGCAUGAGAUGACGCCAUUGUGCAUACUGGACUUCUACGUCCAUGAGUCGAGACAGAGGCGAGGGUGUGGCAAGCGGCUCUUCGAAUACAUGCUCAGGUGUGAAAAUGUUCGCCCCAAUCAUUUUGCCAUUGACAAGCCGUCACACAAGUUCUCCAUGUUUCUGGCCAAACAUUACAACUUGAGGGCGAUUAUACCGCAGGUCAACAACUUUGUUGUCUUUGAGGGAUUCUUCUCAAAUAGAACAGAUGUGGAUCAUGGCAGGUCCAGAAAUGGUCGACCUCCUGUAUACAGAAAACCAGAGGAUCAAAGGAAUGGUGGGACGUACAGUAGAGCCUACACAAUGGACAGUAAACCCCCACCUGGUCAUCUACGGGGGCGGCCACCGUCUGGCAAGUCCUCACACAGAUACCAGAACGCUCCAUCCAUCAACCCCCACGCUGGUCAGCAAAACAAUCCAAAUCCUGAGAUAAGUGAUCUAAACUUGAACCCCCGACCAAACAGUGGCUCGAAACAGACCCGGAUGCUCAGUAACAGGAGCCCCAACCCUGUGCACCUGGACAUACGAAGUCUGUCAGCGGGCAGUAACAGCAGUCGCGGCCUGGGGGCAGGCAUCAACGUGCACAGCCGACACAACGAUGCCCCUCCUGACAAUCGUCUCCAGAGACACAGCAGCCUAGACAGACUGCAUGCGCUAGAGUCCAGAGUCCAAGACCCAGGUCCCCCGAUGUUGCAGCGAGCAGGUGCCCCCCCGGGUUACGCUGAGAUGAUGAAUCUCCAUCAUGACUACCAGGGCAGACAGGGGCAUCUCAAACUGCAGUCUCUCUCAUCAUCCACCCUCCCACAAGUCCAUCCACCCCCCCAGAACAGCAGUAGCCACCACCCCGGGGGCCGGACCCAGGUGCCAGUGCUGUAUAACCCCCCAUCUGCCCGGUCAGCCUACACACCAUCGUCACCCUCAACACACAAGGACAGCAGCUGGACCGUCCAUGGCAUCGUCCCCAACCACAGGAGCAUCGCAUCUCGACACAACAUGCACAAUAGGCUGUGGUGACCAAGGCUGAGUGGUUGAAUAUGAAUCUCUUCAAAUAAUCUCCACUGUGUGACACAUGUAGCAGUACCAUUACUUCUCAGGGUUGAAUGAUUUGGUUACAGUCCGUGCAUUGUUCCCACGAGCUUUCAAAGAACAAAUGUAGUUAAUCAAAAGAGGAUGAGGUGAGUACAUGAGACGAUGCCUGGCUUCUCAAACAAACGACUGCUUCUCCAUUGAACAGCAAUUUCUUCACCUUACAGAAUCAUUAUUGACCGCCACUCAAAAGAAGUUAAGGGGACAGUAUGUCGAUAGUUCUGUGUGUUUUUAAAUCAUGCAUGAAAUAAAUUUCGAGGGUGACGUUACAUGCCCGAUUCAGUUCUCAAAUCAAAACAAUAGAGCUCCACACAGUGAAGCUGACAACGCAAGCACUGCCCAGAGUAAACUGGCCUCAGUGUUGUUUUUUAAUAGAGGCAAAUUGGAGAGAAAGUUUGUGUGUUUUUCUUACGGCUGAGUUCCAAAAUACUAAAUACUUGAUUAGAUUAGAAGCCAGUGUUUAUCAAAGCCUCAAAUGCAAUAUAAAUAUUACUCUUUCCUACGUCACUCUCCUACCCAGGGCCCUUGUGGACAGCCGGUACCUCUGUCACAUCUUACACAGUCCGUUCUUG